AUGGAUUCCGGCGAAGAAUCCGGUGGUGGUGGUGGGUCGAGUAGGCGGUUAAGAAAACGGAUUAUAAAACCACCGCCGUCUCCCGAGAUUAAGAAAAUGAGUGGGACGAAAAAGGUGAAAAAGGGUUUGGGUUCGGGUCCCACGAUGGAAGCACUAGUGAGAGAUGAAGAUGAAGAUGGUGAAUUUGCUUGUGAUAUGGAAGGGUGUAAUAUGAGUUUUGAUAGUAAACAAGAACUUAUUGUUCAUAAAAGGAACGUGUGUCCGGUGAAAGGAUGUGGUAAAAAUUCUUUUCACAUAAGUAUUUGGUGCAACAUAGGCGUGUACACAUGGAUGAUCGUCCUCUUCAAUGUCCAUGGAAAGGUUGCAAAAUGA